AUGGCUGCAACACGAAGACUUCAAAAGGAACUAAACGAUAUCAGACAAUCAGGACUGAAAUCUUUUAGAGAUAUCCAAGUUGAUGAGUCGAAUAUUCUUACAUGGCAAGGGUUAAUUGUUCCUGACAAUCCCCCUUACAACAAAGGUGCAUUUCGUAUUGAAAUAAACUUUCCAGCUGAAUACCCAUUUAAACCCCCUAAGAUAAGUUUCAAAACAAGAAUUUAUCAUCCUAAUAUAGAUGAAAAAGGCCAAGUUUGCCUUCCCAUCAUUAGUGCAGAAAAUUGGAAACCAGCUACAAAGACUGAUCAAGUGAUUCAAGCUCUAGUAGCUCUUGUAAAUGAUCCUGAACCUGAACAUCCAUUGCGGGCUGAGCUAGCCGAAGAAUUCCUUAAAGAUAGGAAAAAGUUUACAAAAAAUGCUGAAGAAUUUACUAAGAAACAUAGUGAAAAGCGGCCUACUGAUUAA